AUGGUUCGAACGUUGAUACGAGGCCAACGCUCAGUGCAAGGCAAGACUUCCGGCUCCAGUCGCGACGUUCGGAGUCAACAGCGAAGGGAGCUUGUACCUGAUCUGCUUCAGGUCAGUGCUUCAUCCACCAACACUCCAUCAAGGAUCCGCCCGUUGCUGAUCAAUACGGAGGUCUAUGCAGCAACCUGGAGCGAAUACCGGCAAUCAGUCCAAACCAGCCGCCAGUGUGAGCUCCGGCCAAGUGGUGCCCUUCAGAGCCAAUAUCGUGGUGGACACAGUCGAAACAACAUCUCAGUAUGA